AGCUCUGGGAACAGUGAAACUCGAACUCAGCCCACCCAAAACGAAAAAGCUCUCCUCUUUAUCCUCCGCCUCCCCUCUUUCUCGAGGCCAUGGAGGUCGCCUUCUCUUCUACCCCGCUCUCUCUCGAGACCCGCGUGUUAUCCUGUACCUCCACUCACUCGCGGGGCGCCAGAACGAUCUCUGCCAGAUCCUCAAACCCAUGCCCCAAAUUCUCUACCAAAGCUUCGCUUUCCACCAGCUUCGUUGCUCCUUUUGUGGGCGGAAGCGCCUCCGGAGAGCUCACCGGUCAGAAGCUCAGCGUUCCUUCGUUGAGGCAUUCGAUCUCUGGUCGACGUGGCAAGAGGGGCGUCGUCACCAUGGUUAUCCCUUUCUUGAGAGGAAAUGCAUGGGAGCAACCUCCUCCAGAUCUAGCUUCUUAUCUGUACAAAAAUAGAAUUGUGUACUUGGGCAUGUCUCUUGUACCAUCUGUGACAGAGCUGAUCCUAGCAGAGUUUCUUUAUCUGCAAUAUGAGGACGCAGAUAAGCCAAUUUACCUAUACAUAAAUUCCACCGGAACAACAAAGGGUGGAGAGAAGUUGGGUUAUGAAACUGAGGCUUUUGCAAUUUACGAUGUCAUGAGAUAUGUUAAGCCACCAAUUUUCACACUUUGUGUUGGCAAUGCUUGGGGAGAAGCUGCCUUGCUUUUGGCUGCUGGUGCUAGAGGAAACCGUGCCGCCCUACCAUCAUCAACAAUUAUGAUGAAGCAGCCUAUUGCUAGGUUCCAGGGUCAAGCAACAGAUGUUGAACUUGCAAGAAAAGAAAUAAGAAAUGUCAAGACAGAGUUGGUUAAUCUCUACUCAAAGCAUAUAGGGAAAACUCCUGAGCAGAUUGAGGAAGAUAUUAGACGGCCAAAGUAUUUUAGCCCAAGUGAAGCUGUUGAAUACGGUCUUAUUGAUAAGGUUUUGUACAAUGAAAGAGGAAGUGAAGAUCGUAGUGUUGUUUCAGACCUUAAGAGAGCUCAACUUAUAUAAAGUGCGAACACCAAGAACCCAAUUUAUAUGGGUAAUGGAGAAAUGCAGCGAGACGUGGUAUUUUCAAUACAGUGAUUCAAAGUGUAAUUUAUGCGGGCCUCUUUAUGACAAAAACUCAGUAGCAUAACGAAUUCAAUUGGUUUGCACAAAACUGCAUGUACCUCAAAGCUGCAUGUACCUCAAAAGCUACUUCUGUCACUUUAUUAGUUUGUAAACAGCUCAAUAUAUUUCAGUUUUUGCCCUUUUAGAUUA